GGGCGGCCUAAGUUCUCUGCUGAUUCACUGCUAAAGCAACAGCUUGAAAUUUACUCUCUUCAGAGAUGUUUUGUGCCUGGAUCAUACUGUGUGUCCUCCUCACAGGGACCAGCAGCUUCUUGGUUCACAACACACAUCACAGCCUGUGCUUGGAAGACACAGUUGUGGAAGGUCCACUUCUGCUGAAGAAGUGCAGUCUGGACUCUGUGUUCCAACAGUGGAUAUGGUGGAACCAGAGACUUAUGAAGUGCGUGGGCACAUCCAGGUGUCUGUCAGCCCACCACAGAGACCCCGUCCAGACCAUCUCCUGUGAGGGAACCAAAGAUGGGACAGGCUGGCUCCUGUGGGACUGUGAGGGAGACCGACUGAUUGGCCAGAAUUCUUCGCUGGAGCUGUCAACAAAUGGGAAGCGAGUGAUUCUGUCUCACAAGAGCAAACGCUCAAAAUGGAGGUCUCUGGAUGCAGGGGACAUUUGCCAGGAAAGGCUGAGAUCCAGAAGGGCCUCUCAUGAGCCAGAUGAGUUUGAAGUAUUGAAGGAUGAUGAGGAACGGAGAGCAGGGCUUGAUUCCAUGACAGAAGAGCAGAGAGAGUACUUUCACUGGUACUAUCGCACCGAGGACGCAACUCCAUGGAAGUUUGCGAUGCUGGCGCUAUCCUUUGUCUGCCUCCUCGUGGGCUUCAUGUUGCUUGGAAUGGGCUCAAUGGCUAGCAAGAACAGAAAGAAGAUAGCCAAGUACAAGGCCGCAGCUACCCUGGCUAAGAAACCUGAGGCUGAAGAACUUCAAGUCAUUAGAGAGGCUGAGCUGGAAUCCACCUUUCAGAACAGCAGCCUACUCAAGAACCCGGUACAAGGGACUAAGUUCUCUUCAUUGAACGGGGAGGUUGAGGGGCAAAAACCAGGGGGCAUUGUGGUGACUUGCAAAGAUGGCAAUGUGUUUGCCUUGUAUCCAGAUCCUGCAGUGGAGGUUGAGCAGCUAGAAAAAGAGGAGGAAGAAGCAACUGGGAAGAUGCAGCGAUGUAGCAGAGGUGAUGUAGGACCAUCACAACCAUCCACAAGCCGCUCCAUCCCUUCAUCCCUGACAGCACUGACAGCACCUCAACGUAUUCAGCCCAUCAUUGAAUUCCCAGCAAGUUAGCAUGAAGUCAGUGCCAACUAAGCUGCAUUUAUGCAGAUAGCCGGCUCUCUGUGUGUUGUAGGUGUCACUGAGGGACACACACAUGCACCAUUGCACCCACACAGAAUGAGGGUGUAAAUGGUACCACAGUAUCAACGGGCUGCACAUGUAGUGUUUGACAGAGACUACAACAUACGAGGGGUCUGCACAUGAUGCACAAGGACCUGACCUCAGUGGCCUCAAACUACUUUUCAACACAAUGUGCAAGGUUACCACAAGGCUGUCACCUUCUUGGCGAUCAAGGGGACCCCCAAUAAUGUUGGUUAAUGACCCCAUCCCUCUGUGCUGUUGCAACUUAUUGACAACACCAUCAACUAUGUUUAUUUUUCAUAUAGACGCUGGGUCACUGGUCAAAUACAAAAAAAGUAUUUCAUCAUAUUCUAUAUUUAUAGGCUCAAGAAAUCAUCAAAUUAUAAUGCCAUUGGACAUGCACAAGGCUAUUUUAGCCUUUUUGUGUUUUUGACAGUGUUUUUGAGUGCACACAAAACCAACUGCAGUGUUGCAGAGAGGAAACGGCACUGGAGGGUGUAAGCUGUAGAGACAACAUGUGGGCUGUUAGCUGGGAAUAGCACAGUAGAAACAUAUGAGGUCAAAUACAUUUUCAAAUGUUAAGUUGUUGUUUAGCAGGCAGGGAAUCCUGUGAAUCCUUCAGUCAUCAAACAAACAAACAAAGUGAGCAGAUUAGGAUGUCAUGAUGCUGGGCAAGUGUUUUCCCACUACAUUUAGUGUCCAGAUGAACUGAUACAACUUCUCUGGAAUAAGCUGAUAAGGAGUGAUUUUUUUCCUAAACGCACUCCGAGUGUCAUUUCUGAGAGUAAUUCUGAGAUAUUUUAUGAAUAUGGGCCCGGUUGUGUUUCUUAUCAUGUAAGAAAUUGUUUUAAACUAUGACUUUGUUAAAGAAAAAAUAAAAGUAAAACUAUAAAAUGAGUAAGGUCUAUGUUGAAACAUUAUUUUGCCUCUGUAAAAGACCCCCACUGCAGUGGAGGGUACAAUGUAAAAGACCCCCACUGCAGUGAAUGUAAAAGACCCCCAUGGCAGGAGUUGGUACAAUGUAAAAGACCCCGCAGAUGGUACAAUUAAAA